UCUCGCUUCACAAUUAUAAAUGCCAAUCCUACUCAAAACACUUUCUCUCUCAAGUCAAAGUCCGAAUCCAAUAAAAAAAUAUAACCGACGAUGCUGAGAGACCGUUUCUGCCCAUGUUUCGGUUCCCAAAGCUCCGGCAAUACCGGACCGGACCUAGAUCCGGUUCUGCUUGUAUCCGGAAUAGGAGGCUCCAUUCUUCAUUCUAAAAAGAAGUUGUUUGGAAUUGAAUUCGAGACUCGGGUUUGGGUUCGGAUCCUGUUUUCUGAUAUGGAGUUCAAGAAGAAGCUUUGGUCUCUUUAUAAUCCUAAAACAGGUUAUACUGAAUCAUUGGAUGAGGACGUCGAGAUUUUGGUCCCUGAUGAUGAUUAUGGACUAUAUGCAAUCAAUGUAUUGGAUCCUUCUUUGGUGAUAAAACUUUUACAUUUCAGUGAGGUCUAUCAUUUUCACGAUAUGAUUGAUAUGCUAGUUGGAUGUGGGUAUAAGAAGGGAACCUCAUUGUUUGGAUAUGGUUAUGAUUUCCGGCAAAGCAAUAGGAUUGACAAGUUAAUGGAUGGUCUCAAAGUUAAGUUGGAAACUGCCUACAAGGCUUCUGGAGGAAGAAAAGUUACUAUUAUCUCACAUUCAAUGGGAGGACUGUUGGUGAUGUGUUUCAUGUCACUUCAUAAUGAAGUAUUUUCCAAAUAUGUAAAUAAAUGGAUUACUAUCGCAUGCCCUUUCCAAGGUGCCCCGGGGUGCAUCAAUGAUGCUCUCUUAACUGGAUUGCAGUUUAUUGAAGGUUUCGAAGCCUACUUCUUUGUAUCAAGAUGGACGAUGCAUCAGCUGCUGGUUGAGUGCCCAUCUGUGUAUGAGAUGUUGCCAAAUCCAUAUUUUAGCUGGAAAAUGCAACCUCAAAUUAAUGUUUGGCGAGGGCAUACUGAAGAUGGGGAAACUUCUGUGAAACUGGAGUCCUAUAGCCCUAUUGAAAGCAUCAGUCUCUUCAAAGAAGCGUUAAGACAUAAUGAGUUAGAUUAUGGUGGGAAUACAAUAGCUCUACCGUUCAACUUUUCUAUUCUCAAUUGGGCUGCCGGGACACGCAAACUUAUCGACAAUGCUAAACUACCAAGUGGGGUUCGCUUCUAUAACAUUUAUGGCACAUCGUUUGACACACCUUUUGAUGUUUGUUAUGGUACAGAAACGUCACCAAUUGCAGACCUGUCAGAAAUAUGUCAUACAAUGCCUCAAUAUACUUAUGUGGACGGAGAUGGAACUGUUCCUGCAGAAUCCGCAAUGGCAGAUGGAUUUGAAGCAGUUGAGAGAGUAGGAGUGGCUGCCACUCAUCGUGGGCUUUUAUGUGACCAAACGGUAUUUAAACUUAUUCAAAAAUGGUUGGGAAUCGAACAGAAGAUCAAGAAGCAGUUGAAGACUUCGAAAGUGGUAAAUGCUUCUUCAAACUAGAAUUUUUUAUGUAUCUACUAUUUUGAACCGAUAGAACUUGUUACUCGUUUAUAUUGUAUCUAUUUUUAUUGUCAACAUUUUUCAUGAUCAUGCAAAUAAAAUCAAAAUACUGACUGAAAUGUACCAA